ACGCGAUUAUCUAAAAUUUUUUGAGUGUCCAGUGGAAAAUUUUAGAUUCUUAGUCAAGUCAAAAUUAAAUAACACAAAUACACCAAAUCUUUAAACAGAGUGAAUUCAACUCAAAAUACAAUUUCUAAUUUGAAUGAUAUACAAAAAAUAAAACAUGCAGGCUAAUAAACUGCCAACAAAUCCACGCGAAUCUGCGGGUAUUUUUUCGGCGCUAAUGUUUUGCUUCGCGUUGCCCAUACUUUUUAAGGGCAGAAAAAAGACCUUGGAACCUGGUGAUCUUUACAAGGCUUUGAGGGGCCAUAAAGCGGAUACACUUGGCGAUAAAUUCUUUGAGACUUGGUUAGCAGAAGUCAAAUCUUGCCAGGAUAAACCAAAAAAGGAACCAAGCAUUAUCAAGGUUAUAAUUAAAGUAUUUGGAUGGCAACUGUUUUUAUCAGGCUUAAUUAUUGGAGUUCUGGAAAUCGGAACAAAAGCUACAGUACCACUUAUUCUGGGUGCUCUCAUAUCCGAAUUCACAAAAAAUGGAAAUGGAGAUGGGCAGCAGGCGCAAAUCUAUGGAUUAAGCCUGAUUUUGAUUACGUUCUUAGGAGUUUAUCUAUUUCAUCCCUUCAUGAUGGGUAUGAUGCAUCUGGCCAUGAAAAUGAGGGUGGCAGUGAGCACUGCCAUAUAUCGAAAGGCCCUCCGAUUGAGUCGCACAGCAUUGGGAGAUACGACCACGGGUCAGGUGGUUAAUCUACUAUCCAACGAUCUGGGUCGCUUUGAUCGUGCCUUGAUUCACUUCCACUUUUUGUGGCUGGGACCACUGGAAUUGCUUAUAUCGUCGUAUUUUCUGUACCAACUGAUUGGCAUUGCUUCCUUUUAUGGAAUAGCGAUACUACUUCUAUAUCUACCCAUUCAAACCUAUAUGAGCCGACUUACUUCGAAGUUGAGACUUGAAACCGCAUUAAGAACCGAUGAGAGGGUGCGUAUGAUGAAUGAGAUUAUAUCUGGCAUACAGGUGAUUAAAAUGUACACCUGGGAGAAGCCAUUUGGAAGGCUAAUCGAGAAACUGCGACGCAGUGAAAUGAGCUCCAUCCGCAAAGUGAACUACAUCCGAGGUACUCUUCUAUCCUUUGAGAUUACUCUGAGCAGGAUUGCGAUAUUCGUGAGCCUGCUGGGAUUCGUCCUGAUGGGCGGAGAAUUGACUGCAGAAAGGGCUUUCUCAGUCACCGCUUUCUACAAUAUCCUGCGACGCACAGUGAGUAAAUUCUUCCCAAGUGGAAUGUCGCAAUUCGCGGAACUGCUGGUUACUCUGAGGAGAAUCAAAAGUUUUUUGAUGAGAGAUGAAACUGGAGCUCAGCAACUGGGAUAUGGAGAAAAAAUGACCCUUUUUAAAGAGGAACCCCUGGUGGAAUUGCAAUCCUUUCAAGCACGUUGGAAUCAGACUCACGUUGAGCCUGUUUUGGAUAACAUAAAUAUCUGUCUAAAGCCACCGCAAUUGGUGGCUGUUAUUGGACCCGUGGGCUCCGGUAAAUCCAGUCUUAUACAAGCUAUAUUAGGAGAACUUCCUGGCGAAUCUGGAAAGCUAAAGGUCCAGGGAAAAGUAUCGUAUGCCUCCCAAGAACCCUGGCUUUUCAAUGCCUCCGUUAGAGAUAAUAUCCUCUUUGGCUUACCCAUGGAUAAGCACCGAUAUCGUACUGUCGUUAAAAAGUGUGCUUUGGAGAGAGAUUUCGAACUGUUCCAGGGAGAUCGCACUUUUGUGGGUGAAAGAGGAGCCUCCUUGUCUGGAGGUCAAAGAGCCAGGAUCAGUUUAGCCAGAGCUGUUUAUCGCCAAGCGGAUACCUAUCUCCUCGAUGAUCCUUUGAGUGCUGUGGAUACCCACGUGGGGCGCCAUUUAUUCGAGGAAUGCAUGCGUGGCUUCCUCAGGAAUAAAUUAGUGAUCCUGGUGACCCACCAACUGCAAUUUCUGGAGCAUGCCGAUCUAAUUGUUAUCAUGGAUAAGGGAAAGAUAACAGCUAUUGGCACCUAUGAGGAGAUGCUCAAAAGUGGCCAGGAUUUCGCCAAACUUUUGGCCAAGGAGACCCAGGAAGAUUCUAAUCACGGUCAGGAUAAUGCGCCUGGUGAUGCCAAAACGGAUAAAUCGAAUUACUCCCGUCAAAGCAGUCGAUUAAGUAGGUCUAGUGUAACAUCCGUGGAUUCCGGUACGGAAUCUGUAAUGGAAGAAGAUAGGCAACCUGUUCAGGAAGCGCGAUCUGCAGGAAAAAUUGGAUUAGACAUGUAUCGGAAAUAUUUCUCCGCCGGUUCUGGAUGGUUUUUGGUCGCCCUGGUUGCAUUUUUCUGCCUGGGCACUCAAGUUCUAGCUUCCGGAGGGGACUAUUUCCUGUCCUACUGGGUAAGAAACAACGACGCCUCUUCAUAUCUGGAUAUAUACAUCUUUAGUGGAAUCAAUAUAGCACUAGUGAUCUUCGCACUGCUUCGAACCUUACUCUUCUUUAGUAUGGCAAUGCACUCAUCCACCCAGUUACAUAACACCAUGUUCCAAGGGGUUUCCCGCACUGCUUUGUAUUUCUUCCAUGCGAACCCCUCUGGAAGGAUCCUUAAUCGAUUCGCCAUGGAUCUGGGACAAGUGGAUGAAAUCCUGCCCGCCGUAAUGCUGGAUUGCAUACAGAUAUUCCUGACAAUCAGUGGAGUUAUAGGCGUUCUGUGCAUCACAAAUCCCUGGUAUUUGAUUAAUACAAUGAUCAUGUUGCUGGCUUUCCAUUAUCUUCGAAAAUUCUAUCUGAGUACUUCGAGGGACGUGAAAAGAUUGGAGGCCGUGGCCAGAUCCCCAAUGUAUUCGCAUUUUAGUGCCACUUUAAAUGGACUACCCACGAUUAGGGCUUUGGGUGCUCAGGAAUUAGUGACCAAGGAGUACGAUAACUAUCAGGAUCUCCACAGUUCGGGAUACUAUACAUUCCUCUCGACAAACCGUGCUUUUGGUUACUAUCUGGAUAUGUUUUGCGUGGCCUACGUUAUAUCGGUAGCCCUAAUGAGCUACUUUAGUCCCCCGCUGGACAAUCCCGGUCAGAUCGGCUUGGCCAUCACACAAGCUAUCUCCAUGACUGGCACUGUACAGUGGGGCAUGCGACAAUCGGCGGAGUUGGAGAAUUCCAUGACUUCUGUGGAAAGGGUGCUGGAAUACAAGAACCUGGAAUCAGAAGGUGAAUUCGAAUCCCCAGCAGAUAAGAAACCACCCAAAAGUUGGCCGCAAGAUGGUCGGAUUAAAGCGGAAGAUCUUAGUCUGCGCUACAAUCCCGAUCCCAAAACGGAUAAUGUUCUAAAUUCACUGAACUUCGUUAUCCAGCCACGUGAAAAAAUUGGCAUUGUAGGAAGAACGGGUGCGGGUAAAUCCUCGCUUAUAAAUGCCCUAUUUAGACUGUCCUACAACGAUGGAUCGAUGGUGAUAGAUAGCAGGGAUAUAGCCGGAAUGGGCCUGCACGAUCUGCGCAGUAAGAUCUCCAUAAUUCCCCAGGAACCUGUACUAUUUUCUGGCACCAUGCGCUAUAAUCUGGAUCCCUUCGAACAAUAUCCAGAUGAUAAGUUGUGGGAGGCCCUGGAAGAGGUUCAUCUCAAAGAAGAGGUGUCGGAGUUGCCAAAGGGUCUGGAAAGUAUGAUCGCUGAAGGAGGUGCCAACUACAGUGUGGGUCAACGGCAGUUGGUCUGUUUGGCCAGGGCGAUUCUCAGGGAGAAUCGCAUCCUGGUGAUGGACGAGGCCACGGCAAAUGUGGAUCCUCAAACGGACGCCCUUAUACAGUCCACCAUCCGUAAAAAGUUCAGGGACUGCACCGUGCUGACCAUAGCCCAUAGGUUAAAUACGAUAAUAGAUUCGGAUAAGGUCAUGGUUUUGGAUGCCGGCAAUCUUGUAGAAUUCGGUUCACCCUAUGAACUUCUGACGCAAUCGUUGAGGAAAAUCUUUUACGGAAUGGUUUUGGAGACGGGUCGUUCCAGUUUUGAGCACCUUCUGAAGAUGGCAUAUCAAGCCCAACAGAGUAAAUUGAACAUGAAAGCGGAAUAAAAAUAAACAUGAUUGUCAAGGAAUCAAUAAAUCUUAAAUGUUUUGG